UAGUAGCUUUAUGAAAUCUUUAGUAUAUAGAAUUGAAAUGAGCAAUUGCAUUGGUAAAUGAUAGGGUUUAGAGUAAAAUGGAAUGUGGAUUAGCAUAAUGAUGAAGGAAGCAAAGUAGAAAAGCAUAUAAAUAAGAAGGAAAUCAAAGAGCGAGUAAUAAUCAUAAUGAGAAUGGGGCUGUCUUCUGCAGCUACAGAAAAUGAAUGUGUGGAGCUAUGCAUUUUCGAUUUGCGGAGAGGCCAACACGAAGGCCAAGAACUCGACAAGAUCCUCUUCUUCUUCCCCGCUGGCCUCCCCUUCUCCAAGCAACUCUCCGUCGUUGGCCUCAGCGAAGGCCUCAUCACUUUCACCAGGAUUUUCUCUCCUGAGGCUGCGUGCGAGGUCAUUGAAGCUGAACGACAUUCUCACAUCUUCUACGAGGCCGAACCCGAUAUAUGGAUGGUUAUGGUGGUUGAGAAAAGCAAUGAUUCAGAACCUAUAUGGAGAGAUGAUGCGUUGAGGAAAGUUCUUAAAGAAAUCCACUCACUUUUUGUGAUGUUUCAUGGAACUAUAAGGGCACUGCUGGAGAAAGAACCUGGUGGAGGACUAAUAAGGCGUCAUCUGUAUUCCUUUGUCAUGGAUUAUCUAAGGGCAUGUAAAAAGCGGCCUCCAUGGAAUAAUUGCUGCUGCGAUUAUCUUGUGGGGAAAAAGCUGCUUUUACCGUCGUUCCGUGAUUGCCUAAAGGAACAAGGAACUGUGCAGAUGUUGACAAUAGGCCGUGAGGCUGCAAUUGAGGUUCAGUCUCUUGUCAGGGUACUUGAAUCUUCCGCUGGAAACAUGCCCUGCUACUCUCUCAUUUUAUUUCAGGACCUGCUGGUGUCGACAACACUAUCACCUGAUGACACCAUCAAUUUGUUUACAUAUGCUGUGCUAAGGUUGACUCCACAAGCUCUAUCUGUUGGUGUAAGUUCCUGGUCCUACCUACGAAAAGGCAAUACUGCAUCCAGUGUUGCCAUUGAGUCUAACAUAGCGAUUCCAAGCUCUGCAUCUGAAAGUUUCUAUGGUUCAUCUGAAGUAUCCCCUACCGAGGAUAGCCAGUAUCAUGUGGUGAGGCCCUUACAAAGUGAAAAGUGGUCCAAAGGAAAAGAUGGUUAUCUUGUCACGGAUUUAUGGGGCGCAGAGGUUGGUACAUGGGUGUUUGCCACACCAACAGUUUGGCUUCGACAGACUGGUGAGAGAAUGUAUCUGUGUGCUUAUCAGCAUAGAAACCUUACAUUGUUGCUUCUUAUUCCUGUAUCCUCUAUAGCCAAUGGGGAACAAGGAGUGUCAGCGGUGAAGCAGCAAGUUCUUGAACAGGCAUCACUUAAGAUAUUGAAAGUUGAAGAGAAACUAUCGAAAGGAUGGGGUGGUGAGAAUGCAUAUCAUGUCAGUGGGUACCGAUAUUUAUUAGUGGAUGGUGAUAGAAACGUGUCCAGGGCUACUCCACCAACAAAAGUUGCAACCUUAACUAAGGAAUCCUUACUUGCUAUGAAUAAGCUUAGGAAAGAGGUUGAGUUGGAGAAGAGUAGAGCAAAGCUAGAUAAUGUUGAUUGUGAAAAAGAUAUGGAGGUGUGCAUUAGAGCAAAAAACAACGCCUGGGUUAUCUCUCGAAUCACUAGAGGGAGGGAGCUUUACAUGGUUCUGGAAAAAGCCAAUGAAACCCUUCUAUAUGCCACAGAUGCUGUUGAGAAGUUUAGCAACAAAUAUUGUGAUGGAACUUUUUCGCUGGACUAAAGAGACAGGAUGUGCAGAUUGAGUGAGUAGUAGCAUCAGCAUUAGCGUUCUUUUGACCAUCCCCAAUAAAUCGGGUACUUUCUUAGUCUUGAAAUUUCCUUGUAGUAAGUUGAAGAAAGAAUCUACCGAAUGUAUAUCUCUCUGUAUAUUAAGUGUAAUGUAUACUGUUCAAGGGUGAGAUCCAUUAAUGGUGCCCUGCAUCUUGAAUUCUAGACUGUAAAAAGGUGAGAGGAAAGCUCUGUUGUUCUGCUCUAUUUCUAUCUCCUUCUUUGUAGUAAAUAAUCAUGUAAACGCUGAUUAUUUACUAUAUAAUCAACAUACUUUUUUCUUUUCA